CUCGCAGGCCAUCGCGCGUCCCACGCCACCUGGGCUGGCCGGCAGGCAGGCGUCGGAGGCCCGGGAGCCAUGGGCGACUGGGGCUUCCUGGAGAAGCUGCUGGACCAGGUCCAGGAGCACUCGACUGUGGUGGGCAAGAUCUGGCUGACGGUGCUCUUCGUCUUCCGCAUCCUCAUCCUGGGCCUGGCCGGCGAGUCGGUGUGGGGUGACGAACAGUCCGACUUCGAGUGUAACACGGCCCAGCCGGGCUGCACCAACGUCUGCUAUGACCAGGCCUUCCCCAUCUCCCACAUCCGCUACUGGGUGCUGCAGUUCCUCUUCGUCAGCACCCCCACCCUGGUCUACCUGGGCCACGUCAUCUACCUGUCCCGGCGCGAGGAGCGGCUGCGGCAGAAGGAGGGGGAGCUGCGGGCGCUGCCCGCCAAGGACCCCCAGGUGGAGCGGGCGCUGGCGGCCAUCGAGCGGCAGAUGGCCAAGAUCUCCGUGGCCGAGGAUGGCCGGCUGCGGAUCCGCGGCGCGCUGAUGGGCACCUACGUGGCCAGCGUGCUCUGCAAAAGCUUGCUCGAGGCAGGCUUCCUGUACGGCCAGUGGCGCCUCUACGGCUGGAACAUGGAGCCCGUGUUUGUGUGCCAGCGCGCGCCCUGCCCCUACCUCGUGGACUGCUUCGUGUCGCGCCCCACGGAGAAGACCAUCUUCAUCAUCUUCAUGCUGGUGGUCGGACUCAUCUCCCUGGUGCUCAACCUCCUGGAGCUGGUGUACCUGACGGGCCGCUGCCUGAGCCGGGGGGUGAGGGUCCGGCAGGGCAGGGAGGGCCCCCCAGCCCCGGCCCCGGGCUCAGAGCCUUACGCUGACCAGGUUUUCUUCUACCUCCCCAUGGGCGAGGGGCCCUCGUCUCCCCCGUGCCCCACCUAUAACGGGCUCUCCUCCGCCGAGCAGAACUGGGCCAACCUGACCACGGAGGAGCGGCUCACUGCUUCCCAGCCACCCCUCUUCCCGGACCCGGCGUCCCAGGAUGGCAGGAAAUCCCCUAGUCGCCCCAGCAGCUCUGCUUCUAAGAAGCAAUAUGUGUAGGGACCCUGGGGCUCAUGUCACCCCAACAGAGAGGUCCCGGGAUGUCUGGCAGCCUGGGGCGCCCUUCCUUGAUGACACAGCCAGAUGACUGGGGAUGGGGGAGCGGGGAGAGGUGCUUGCUGGCCAGACACUCCUCAUGACCUGAUGGCAGGUUGUCCUGGAACAUCUGGGGUCUUCCUGGUGGCCUAGGGUCACUGGUUUCCCUGCAGGUACAGGCAGAGUAGUUCUGGGGAUCUGGGCAAAGGUGUUAGAGGUCUGCUGGCCUUUCUCACCUGUUCCUCAAAGCCCAGAGCCGAUCCACCCCAUCCCUGGAAGAGUCCCUUGGCCAGGACUGUCUGUGCUCUGACUAACCUGUCCUCAGAGAAAAAGGCUGGUAGAGGCUGCUGGGUCAGCCUUGCUCACACAUGCAGCCUGGACUGGAUCCCCCCACACCCUCACCCGGGGCACCUCCCUCC